ACGAGGAGGAGGAGGAGGAGGAGGAAGAGGAAGAAGAAAUGGUGAGCUGGGCCAGUGUGAGGAUGCAAGGAGACAACAGGAAGCAGCAGUACGCAGCUCAGGAGGAGUCAGACGUGUUUGGUCACGUUCUGAAGAGACCAAUGGAAACGUUUUUUGACAGCCACCACCCGGCCCUGAAAUCCCCCAUCCUGGUCUCCGGUCCUCGCUGUGCAGCGGAGGACACCUUCAGCCGCCACUUUGAGAGCAUCAUGGAGUCUCACCGAGCCAAAGGCACGUCGUACAACAGCCUGGACAGCGAGGAGCUGCUAACCUCGAGCACCCAAACUGUCCUGACCUUUGACCUGCCCACACUAACCCCCGCCAUCCAUGGGCCGGUCUGCCAGAGCGCCAGGCAGAUUGUCCAGCUUAGCUUCGCCCCGCUGGCACACGACGAGAGGCCCAGCAUCUCUGACUCUAUCUUUACCGUGACGGGGGACUCGGACGCCACCAGAGCCCCCUCUAGCGAGAGGCUGAGCAGCGGUUCGGACGACACACCGCCCAAAGGCAGAGGGUGUUCACAGCUGGGCAGCAGCUGGUACAGCAACCCGUCUUUCUCCUUACCAAGCAGGGACAAGGCCCGCCUGGCGACAGAUUCGGAGCUGGACCAGGACCUCAGUGAGCGACUGGGUCUGGACAGCAGCGAAACCCUCACCAACGGCAGCCACCGCGCUGACGUUGCAGCCGCCAGACGCUUGGCCAAACGUCUCUUCAACUUGGACGGCUUCAGGAAGUCCGAUGUGGCGCGCCACCUCAGCAAGAAUAAUGACUUCAGCCGUAUGGUAGCAGAAGAGUAUCUGAGUUUCUUUACCUUCACAGGCCUCGCUCUUGACCAGGCGUUACGGACUUUCCUGAGGCAGUUUGCCCUGAUGGGGGAGACUCAGGAGAGGGAGAGAGUGCUGUCACACUUUUCUAAGCGUUACUUAGAGUGCAACCCCAAAACCAUACCAUCAGAGGAUGCAGUUCACACUCUCACCUGUGCCCUUAUGCUGCUGAACACCGAUUUACAUGGUCAGAACAUCGGUAAGAGGAUGUCAUGUACGCAGUUCAUUGGCAACCUGGAAGGACUGAACGACGGCCAAGAUUUUCACAAGGAUCUGCUUAAAGCUCUCUACAACUCAAUCAAGAAUCAGAAGCUGCAAUGGACUCUUGACGAGGAAGAGCUGCGGAAGUCGUUUUCAGAGCUCGGGGACAGCCUGUGUGACUCCUCUGCCUCCAGAUCGGUGAAGGGGGAGGGCAGCAGCGGGAAGCCCCUGCCGGACGAGCCGUCCGGAUCGCUGCUGUACAAGAACGGAUUCCUCGUCCGCAAAGUCCACGCAGACUCGGACGGCAAGAGAACACCGAGAGGGAAGAGAGGCUGGAAGACCUUCUAUGUGAUCCUAAAAGGGCUAAUUCUCUAUCUACAGAAAGGGGAGUACAGGCCUGAAAAACAGCUAUCUGAGGAGGACCUGAAGAACGCUGUGUCCAUCCACCACUCUCUGGCCAUGAAAGCUUCAGACUACAGCAAGAGGCCCAACGUCUUUUACCUGCGCACUGCUGACUGGAGGGUGUACCUCUUCCAGGCACCGAACGCGGAGCAGAUGCAGUCUUGGAUCACACGGAUCAACGCGGUGGCCGCCAUGUUCUCGGCUCCUCCUUUCCCAGCAGCCAUCGGCUCGCAGAAGAAGUUCAGCCGGCCGCUGCUGCCGGGGACGAUGUCCAAGCUGUCCGAGGAGGAGCAGAUCAGAUCCCACGAAGCUCGAUUCAGAGCCCUCUCCCAUGAACUGUCUGAGCUGCGCUCCUACACUCCUGACCGCAAGGUCAAAGGGCGCGAGCUGGAAGAGCACCGGCAGCGAGACGAGUAUCUGGACUUUGAGAAAACACGGUACGCGACGUACGUCAUGCUGCUGCGAGCUAAAGUCCGGAGCGGUGAGGAGGACCUGUCUGUGUUCGAGUCCAAGCUCCUGGAGGACAACAGGCUGCAGAGGGCCCACUCCAGCCCCACGCUGCAGGACAGCAGCCAGGCCAGCCAGAUCAGCCAGGCCAGCAGCGCCAGGGACGGGGGCAACAGCAGCAAAGCCAGCGGCUGCAGCAGCAAGCCUCGACAGGAAGGCCAAAGACACAGCUACCGGCAGGCCGUCAAGAAGUGAGACAGGGCCGGGGGGGCGCCGGGAGCAGCACAGUGUUGCACUGCCAGCGGCAGGCUGUCUCCCUGCAAAGGUUUUUAUUUCAGAUCCAGGAGGGUUUGGAGCUCUGCUUGAAGGGGGAGCAGGUGUGAGGGUCUUACCCCACGCCCUCCCCCAAACCAUGAGGCCCCACCCGGCACCCCAAUCUUCUCAUUGAACAGAGGAGGUGCAGAUCCUGUGACUGGCAGAGUGGCUGAGAAACACCAGCGGGAACAUUGGUUGGGAGGUCCGCCUGGGAGGUCACAGGUCUGCAGAGACGAGGUGUCUUUGAGAACGUUGGCUGGGUGCUGCAGCACACCGGACUGUGCAGCGAGAGGUAAAGAGAAGACAGAGACAUUACAUCCAGCAUCUUUUCCUUUUCUCCCCUUUUGUUCUUUCAAGGCACCUCUCCGGCCACGUUCUCGCACUUUUUUUCUUGACCUUUUUAUCUCAGUUUUGGGACCAAACAUAAAAAAAAAAAAAAAAAAAAAAAAAAACACCACAUUUUAGACCACUGAUGAUUUUGACGCCACUCUAAUUUGAAAGCGCUGUACAGUCACUGGAUUUGUAACACAAGACUUUUUGGAGCCAUUUUACAUUCCAGCUCCUUGAUUUUGCCACAUCGACGCGGUGUGUUCACAUUACACACAGGAGUGGGACAUUACAGCUUUUAGCUCCUGUUUCACUGAAGGUGGUAUCCAGUUGAAUCUACAGACUGUGCGUGUUGAGUGCGUGGCUGCAGUGCACGACGUGAUGAGACGGGGGGCAGCUCGUCUUUUUCUCUAGUCACCGAUGGCCGAUUAGAGGCGACGACGUCAGUCGAUCUUCCCAGUUCUCCUGAUAUGCAGCGACUGCAUCUCAACUGGAGGGGUCCUUUCUCUGCUGUACUUGAACAAGAGACAGGAGAUCUCUUUCCCCGGUUGCUUUGGCUUCUGUCCCGUGAUGUGCUUCUGUUCUCUUUCUAUUUCUUGGCCGAAUGUUGUUUUUCUCCAGUGAUCCGCAUGCCUGCAUCCAGCACUGCUUCUUUUAGGCCUUUUACUACUUUGAGGGCAAAACUGAGAGCAGCUAAAAGAAGUUCUCGGGGGUGAUUUAAGUCCUUUUUUCCCCCCUCAUGCCGGUGCCAUAUUCAACACGUGUAAUCUCUGUCUGUACUUCUAGUCUCUCAUUUAUAAACCCUAUUUUAACACUCACCAGGCAGACCCUGAAUGUUCUUGUUUUUUCAAUAUUUUUACAGUAUUUUACAGUCGUUUGUUGAUGUUGAACCUAUUCCUCCUGUGUACGUCAUGUGUAUGAUGAACUAUGAUAUUGAAAAUGUAAAAGGAAAAUAUGUUAUCCAUACUCUUUGUAAACACCCAGGAUGUGUUGUGUGUAUAUAUAACGCACUGUCAGCUUAUAUUGUAGGAUAUAUGACGUAUAUAUUUACAAUAUAUUCAAACACAGUAUUGUGAAGAUGCAUUAGGUGCACUCAAAGUUUCUUCUUGUAAGUCCCAAACGCUCUACACAAUAAUCAUGUGGGUUUUUUUCUAACAUGGUGUUAAUAAUUCAGCACAAUAUGAGUAUUAUAGUGACGCCUAUGUACCUAUCAAAGAUUAGUAAGUUAUCAAUGGGUGUUCGUGACGGGAUUACACAUGUAACGGUGAAAAGACGCUAAUUCAUGAGAGGAUUUCAGCUGCCGUGGGAAGUAAUCCAAAGACAGCGCAUGGUUGGCUGUGACCUACAAGCAUGAUUUUAAAGGAAUCAGGGUUGUGAGAGAUGCAUGAAAAAAGGUGAAGAAUGUAAAAAUUAAAAGAAAGGAACUCCUCAUGUAGGAGUGUGUGUGGGCCGCCUGGUUGGAAUACUGAAACAUAUAAUCUUUUGGUAGCCAUAAACGCCUCAUAGCUAGGGAUGUAACGAUACACUCAACUCACGAUUCGAAUACAAUUCACGAUUUUAAGUUCACGAUACGCGAUAUACUCUCGCGAUUUUUACAGAAUGAGCUGCAGAAAAAUAUUCCGUCAUUUCUAUAAACAGAUGUGUCCUCUUGUCAAAAGUGCAAACUGAAACUGUAUUUUAUCUUAAAUAAAUACAAUAAAUAAAAAAAUUAACAAUUAGAUGUUUAAAAGAAAUCCCACAUCAAAAUAACUAAAUACGUAUAAGAAAAGACGUAUGACGUAUGAAGUCAAACAAGUAAAAAUCAAAAGUAGUUUACGCCCUAGGACGUUUAAAAAUGGCAUCACAAUUGAUUUUUUCAUCUCAAUCGGUCCUUACCAAUACAUUUAUAUUGAUAUUUCACCGAUUUGCGAUGCAUCGUUACAUCCCUACUCAUUGCAUUAUAGCCAUUUUCUACUCAGGCUUUAAAAUGACACCAACCAACCAGCAGGGAGCGCUGUCAACGUUCAUGUUUUUUCAGCCAUAAUCACACCUGCUGCACCUGCAGUGAAUAUGCAUGGCACCUCACCUGAAGGUGGCGGUGGGUAUCGCAGGGCUAAAUGACACAACACCUGUUUGUAUUAACUUUGGAUGUGGAGUGUGUGUGUGUGUGUGUGUGUGUGUGUGUUGUCAGUCUCGAUGUAUGUGGAUGUCAGCGUGUGCAUGCUACGCUGUUCGAGGACUUUUCCAGCCGGUCAUCAUGUCGUCUGACGCUUCGUCCAUCCAGCUUCAGUUCCCACCUUGUUUACUCUAAAUGUACAUUUGUUUUUAAGACGCAUGAUUUAACAUUCACGCUUAAGCACAGCUAAGUAUUUGCCUCUAAAUCACAUUUGCCUGAAGUUUCAGAGCUGAACCGAUUAAUCCGAUUAGUCGAUCGACAGAAAGUUAAUCAGCAACUAUUUUUCUUUGUGUCAUUUUUCAAGCAAAAAUGCUAAACAUUCCCAGUUCCAGCUUCUUAAUUAUUAUUUUCUCUUUGUCCUAUUUGACAGUAGAACUGAGUAUCUUUAAGUUUUGGACACAAGAAGCAAUUCAAAGACAUCUAUGUUUACUUUCUGUACUUUUGUCGACCAAGCGAUUAAUCGUUAAUGAAAAAUAAUCAUAGCCUGCAGCCUAGUCUGUGGGCCCCACGAUACGAUAAUAUCACAAUACCUUUUACAAUAUUAUUGCGAUUUUAAACAUAUUGUGAUAUUCUGCGGUAUAUUUUCGGUAUAGUUAGUAUAGCGGUAUAGUUUUGGUCUCCAAAACUUUGUCAACGUCUGUUUUAUCUAAAAAGAUACAUUUCUCCUGCUGACCUCAAAAACAGAACCUCAACUGCAGCUUCUAGUGGACUGAAAAGG